AUGUCUUCAGAACCAUAUAAGAACGUUUACUUGCUACCUCAAACCAACCAACUGUUAGGUUUGUACACUAUCAUCAGAGAUAAGAAAACAGCUAGACCCGAUUUCAUUUUCUACUCCGAUAGAAUCAUUAGAUUAUUGGUUGAAGAAGGUUUGAACCAUCUCCCAGUGCAAAAGCAAAUUGUAGAAACCGACACCAGCGAAAACUUCGAUGGUGUUUCAUUCAUGGGUAAGAUCUGUGGUGUUUCCAUUGUUAGAGCUGGUGAAUCUAUGGAACAGGGUUUGAGGGACUGUUGUAGAUCUGUACGUAUUGGUAAGAUUUUGAUUCAAAGAGAUGAAGAAACUGCUUUGCCAAAGCUGUUCUAUGAAAAAUUACCAGAAGAUAUCUCUCAAAGAUACGUCUUCUUAUUAGACCCAAUGUUGGCUACUGGUGGUAGUGCAAUCAUGGCUACUGAAGUCUUGAUCAAGAGAGGCGUCAAGCCAGAAAGAAUCUACUUUUUAAACUUAAUCUGUAGUAAAGAAGGUAUUGACAAAUAUCACGCUGCUUUCCCAGAUGUCAAGAUCGUUACUGGUGCUCUAGACAGAGGUUUAGAUGAGCACAAGUAUUUGGUUCCAGGUUUAGGUGACUUUGGUGACAGAUACUACUGUGUUUGA